UACGAGGCACAGCUUUGUUAGUUGUCCAAUUGUUUACCGAUUUUUUUUUAAUUUCCCUACGCGCUUCAAUCGUAUUAAAAACUUAAAACCGGUAUCUUUUUGAAUUCGGAAUCGGAUUAAAUUUCGGUUAACACUUUUGUGACUGUAGUGUGUGUUUUAGUGUUAAGAGCGGUUAAAAGGGUGAUUAAAAUUGCAGAUAGUUAAAUUGUUUAGAUCCAAUAAACUAUGGAUUGCGUCACAGCCUACAAGAAACCUCCGUACCGCUCAAAAAACAAAACAGCGCAAAAUGAGUCUCCAACACAAAUAAAAGCAUAAAAACUUUUUGGAACAAAAUGACAGCUGGAAAACUGUUUCGCGCGCAAAUAGCUGUCAAAGUGACGUGUGUGUGAGUGAGAUGCACGGCUAGCGACAUGGUGACGCUGAUGCCAUGCAGCUACCUCGGAGGGGGGGCCUCCCCGCACUGCAGUUUGGACCCUGAGCCGAAGGCAAAAAGGCCACGGACAGACGCGAACACAGAUGUGCCAGAUCGAUUAUCUGGCGAAAUCAACACCAGUCCGUGUGAGUCCGAGUCGACCUCCAAUUCACCCCCCUCGUUACUACAAGAUGCAACGUUGCCCGCGCUCCUAGUCUCUGGUUCCUCGACGCUGUUCCAGAACACGGCUAGUUCGACGAACACGGCUCUAAGCCUGUCCACUGACGGGUUAUGCUUGCCUGGUAGUUCUGAAGACUGUGUGGUCUCGAACGGAUGCGCCACAAGCACUUCGCUGGGGCUGGCUCUGCCGCUGACGUCAACUGGACUGUCUACCACCUCCUCGUCCGCGGUAGCCUGGUUGAUGAAUGAAGAUAGUGCGGGUGGAGUCAAGAGCGAGGUGCGCAGCCCCGGGCUGUGCGAGGGCGAAGUGGCGCUCUACGGGGAAUCCCUGCCUUAUGAGCAGACCGCGCUACCGUACCAGUACUAUAAUAGUAUGCAGCAGUAUGGAGGAGGAGGCGCUGCGUCGUCGUACGUCGGCUCAACGUUGUACAACCAGCCUUACGCUGCGUACCCAUCACCGCACAAUACGAACAAUAGGUCAUCAUGUAAAGCGGCGCCGACGUACCUCAGCGCGUACGGCGUGAGCGGCGUCAGCAGCGUGCCCAGCAGUGGGUUCAGUGCACAGCCGUCGCCGUACGCGUAUUCCUCGUACAACGGUGGACUGUCGCAGACCUUCCCCACGGCGCAGCAGGACUACAGUAGUUAUGCGGCCGGCUAUGCGGAGCACAACGUAGCUCAAUACGGCGGGUACUAUGCUACGCCCAGUUACUCACCCUACGUCAGCUCGCCUAGCAGCAGCGGCAGCGCUGGUCACACCUCCUACCACUUAGGAGGUGCCUUAUCAGAUUCUCCGUCAUCCAUGUUACCUUCUAUAAACGACACAAGCCCCCUAUCGCCAAUUAAAAGUGAAAUACACGCAGCAAGUCGGAGAUGUAGAGAAAAUUCUGGAGAGAGCACAGCAAGCAGGUCCCGAGGUAGAGGCAGACGGAACACCUCCUCGUCGCCUGCCCAGCACGUGCCCGAGCCCGCUACGGACAGAGUGUUCAUCUGGGAUCUAGACGAGACGAUUAUUAUCUUCCACUCGCUGCUCACGGGCACUUACGCUACUAAGUACAAUAAGGAUACACAACAAAUAGUUCAAUUAGGUUUCAGAAUGGAAGAAAUGAUAUUCAGUUUGGCUGACACGCAUUUCUUCUUCAAUGAUGUUGAGGACUGCGACCAGGAGCACAUAGACGCGGUAGCAGCGGACGACAACGGGCAAGACCUAUCAGCUUACAACUUCGCCUCCGACGGCUUCCACGCGGGCGCGGCGGGGGCGGGGCUUUGUGCUCCAGGGGUACGGGGGGGCGUCGACUGGAUGAGGAAGCUGGCCUUCCGGUACAGGAAGAUUAAGGACACCUACAACAAUUACAGGAAUAGUGUGGGCGGCCUCCUCGGACCAACGAAGAGAGAGCAAUGGCUACAACUCCGAGCGGAACUAGAACAAGCAACCGACAACUGGCUGACGCUGGCCUGCAAGUGCCUGAAUAUGAUCAACUCCAGGGAGAACUGCGUGAACGUGCUAGUGACGACGACGCAGCUGGUCCCAGCGCUGGCAAAAGUGCUGCUGUUUGGAUUAGGAGGCGUCUUCCCCAUAGAGAACAUCUACUCCGCCACCAAGACAGGCAAAGAAACAUGCUUCGAGAAAAUAAAGCAGCGUUUUGGCGAACGGUGUACGUACGUAGUAAUAGGCGAUGGCCAAGACGAAGAAGCGGCUGCCAAGGCCAAGAACUACCCCUUCUGGAGGGUGUCCAGCCAUUCUGACAUAGCUGCGUUGUACAACGCGCUCGAUAUGGGCUUCUUAUGAUUUGCUGCUGCCCUGGUACACGGUUUUGUUGCGAAGUGCAAAUGGAUCGAGCUCCUCCUAUGUGUUUAUGGCCGCCUGGUACUUCAGAUUCAGUUUGUUAAGAAAUUUGCACAUUAAACAAUAAAAAAUCUGAUCAAAAUAGUAUUCAACCAAAAACGUGUAAAUGCCAUUCUCAUUUAAAAAACGGUUGAUAUUAAAAAUGGUUGUUACUGUUAGAAAAUUCAAAAACAUUACAAAAAGAAGCGACUGUGUGACGGAAAAUAAAAGAAACAAGAAUGACCUUGAUAUUAGACCAAAAAAUAAAAGGCCUCUUACGAUAUUCUGCUGUCCUAGUACUCGCAACACAGUUUUAAAGGUCAAAAUUAUGUCGAAUCACGUAAUGCCAAUACAUGUUUUUAGAUAACACUGAAUGAUUUUUGUAUCAGCGUUAAUGACUCCUAGAUCGUCUGACGCUCUAGUACUCUUGACCUUUAUUUUAAGUAGGUUUGGCAUUUUACGAAGAUAAUUUACAACAUUUUUUUUUAUCUGUCAUCAUAAAAUUACACCAAUUACACGAUACAACUUUUGCAUUUUGCCAAAAAAAUAAAUGAAUUAUUUUAUUAUAAACAAUUGAAGAAGCAGCACUUAUAAAAACUUAAAUGAAGAAUUUAGGAGUUUGAAAUUCAUUUGAACGAAAAUGUGUGAUACGAUUUUUGAGACAACUUUUCUGAACGUAAACUUUUAGUUAUAAACAUCAUAUCAAAUGGCUAUUAUAAAGUACACGAUUUAUUUCUAAGCCAUUAUUUUAGUUAAUUUAAACUAUCGUUUAGUUUAUGAAGCUCAAAGUUAGCUCAAAAUCUACGAAGAACUAAAAUUGUUUAUGUAAAUACUAUGUUAUGUAGAAACAUCUACGAAACAUUGUAAGUUCAUUCCUAUUACAUAAGUUUUAUAUUUUACGCAAUGUACAGACAUACAUUUAGUAAUAUUUAGUGAAAAUGUAUUUAUAGAUAAUCUCAGAGUUGAUAUUUUUAUUUUUUAAAUUCUUGUUUUAAGUAUAGAGGGCGCUCUAGUGUCUUGUUUUUAUAAUAUUCAUAUUUUCAUUUUUUACAGCCUAAUAGAUUUUUUUCAUUUACACAUUUAUUUUCCACUGCAAUGCAAUAAGUCUCAAAUAAACAAGUAUUAAAAAUAGAGAGUCCUCUAUAGUUUCAUAAAAGGCCUACUUAUAUCUUUUCGAAAAUCUUUUUUGUAACAGUUUACACUCAAACAAUUUUUAUAACAAUACCACAACACUACUGCCCGCAGUGAAAUUAUAGCACAACUAUUUUAAAAUCUACCACAAACCCAAUGCUUAUUUUCGAAAUAUUUUCUUUUUUGUAAAAAUUACACCUUUUCUCCGCCAGUGGCGCUGUUUCAAAAAACAGUCUAUUUAUUUGUCGACCUAUUUUAUAAACAGUAAUAUGUAGACAAAAAGACUAUUGUAAAUUGUAACUUAUAAUGGUUACAUUUGAGCACAUUUUGAGUUUUGGCGUUCUAAUGCACAAUCACAAACCUUCUUUCAAAGUACCUCUGCUAUGUAAUUUAGGAUCAAUUAGUUAAUUAAUUACUCAGUACAACUUAAAUAUACUAGCGCAAGUUUUUUAUAUUGUUCCAAAUAUUUUUGUUUAUUUACAUGUACAAAUAUUGAAAAAAACUGAAAUGUUUUGGCUGUGGUGUCGAAAUUAUAUUUAUUGUAACUUAACUCAUAUCAUUUUAGUAAUUAUUUCUUAUUAUGAAGUCCAUGAUUUCUACAAUGGCGGACUUCAUGUCAACUUACACCCGUAUUCACAAACGAUACUUGCUUAAGUGAAGCAGCAAAUCGAACGCACGGCGUUAAAUAUAGCUCUGUGAUUGGUUCGUGUGUCACCCUGUGCGUCCACGCACACUGUGAGACCUCAUAGUAAUGUUUGUGAAUACGGGCGUAUGUCAACUUAGUUUUAAUUUAUGUGGAAAUCUUUAGAAAUGUUUUUAACGGAAAAUAGCAAUAUUACUUUAAAAUGUCUAGAGAUGGAAGUUUGUAAAUAAAGUCCUAGGCAUAGGAUAGAAAUGGCUUAUUCUUAUUCUAAUUGAAUACGAAUUUUAAUUCGGAAGUUAUGAUUAUUCGAGUUGUAAAUAAAAUUAUAUUAUUUGACAA